ACAUUCUACGUCAAAAACACAGUAUUUCGUUUAUUUGCUUGAUUAUUUCGUAGUUUAUUUCCUGGAGCGGGAAAUAUGAAAUGACUGAAAGCAUUCUUGCACGUGAUUGGUCCGGCCUCAGGCUGAACACUGACUGGUCGCUUCCAGGCUGCGAGGCGAUCCGUCUCUCUCUCCCCCUCAUCCCGCCUGUCGAUAUCAAAGCGCCGACUGCCUUUGAAGUGUCCCGAGAAUCGCCGCUCCGCAUGUUUUUACGGCGGUGCGGCUGUGGAGGAGCUGCAGACGGUCUGGGGUGAGGUGAGUCUAUUAUCUGUUGCAGGCAGGAAGGAGGAGGGCGCUGGAGGACAGGCGGGGGUCCUUCCCAGACUCGCUGGAGCCUGGCUCUAACAGCCUCAUUGAGACUGAAUGGGACGUCUUAAUUACUCCAGUUGUGAAAACUGAAGGAGGGGAUGCAGCACGCUUUGAUCUUCCGGUUGGGGACGGUUGCUAUAAAUGCGGCCCCCACUUUGAGACGCAAUCAUAACUCUCUGACCUUUGCAAGAGACCGUCCUGAGAACUUCCCUCUGACCUGGACUCUGAGCUGAGCUUCACUUUUCUUUUUUUUUUCUUUUAAUGAAACAAAAAGGUUUUUUCCUUAUUCACUGAGAAACUUGAACCUUCAGUAAGCAUGAAGGGCCAUUUCUCCAUCGAGUGGCUGGCCCAGAGCAGCAAGCCGGCGGGGCCAGCAUCCGGGCCGGCAGUUUGGGGGACGCAUUCGGAGAGUCUGCCGGGUUUUUACUGCAAACCAAAACCUGAGAAGAUUCCAGAACCGGAGCAGCAGCAGCACAUCGACACCAUCAGUCAGGAAGCUCCUCAGCUCCGAACGUCUCCCAGGAAUCAGGGAAGUGAGGCCGGUUUCAGCACCGAGGAGGAGACCUCCGGCUACGAGAGCGAAGGCGGUCAGCCUCAAUCCCCCUCCGCCCACGCCGACAGCGCCUCCUGCACGUCUCCACCGUCGCCCCCGGUGGGCAGGAGGCCCCGCACGGCCUUCACAGCGGAGCAGAUCAGCAGCCUGGAGGGGGCGUUCAAGAGGAACGCGUACCUGGGAACGCAGGACAAGGCGGAGCUCUGCAAGAAGCUCAACCUCUCUGACAAGCAGAUCAGGAACUGGUUCCAGAACAGGCGGAUGAAGCUGAAGAGGACGGUGCAGGACGCCCUGGCCCACGCCUGCCAGGCCAACGUUGGGUCUCACUUCCUGCAUUACCCCGAGCUGCAGGCCUACAGGCCCGGCCCGUACCCCAGGUACCACCCGGCCGCUGCCACCGCCGCCGUGGUGGUGCCGGACCCCGAGGCCCCCGCGACCUUUGUUCACCCUCACAGCCUUCAGUACAACUCGCCUCUGUCCAGCACCUCCGCUCUGCCCCUGGACUCCUUCUACGAGUACAGCAGCCUCCCAGGAGUCAUGCUGCCCGCCGCCGCCGCCGCCUCUCACCUCAGAGGAACCUACCCACCGUACCCCCAGUACUAUUGAUUGGUGAUGUUGGUACCAAAUUUAGAACCAGCAGAUUUUGUUAUUUUUUAACAAAACUACUGAAGCCAUCCUGUUAAUCAUACAAAUGCGCCAAUCCACUUUUUUCACUUCUGAUACCGAUAUCUGAAGUUAAGUAUGGGCCAGUACCGAUCCAGUGCAGCUGAAUCGACUUUAAACUUUUUUUUUUCCAACUCAGACAUAAUUGUACUCAAUUGCAAACUUAUUUGAUAACUCUGCACCGGUACAGCACACACAAACACACCAACAGCUUCACAAGUUUGGUCAAACACGUAAAAACAACUUUAAUCUGUUCAGUCAGUGCAGUUGUGAGUAUAACAGCCAAUUUAACAUAAAUAAUAAAGAAACUGAAUCUAACAAAAACAAUAGGCAGACUGUCUUGGUAAAACAUGUAAAAAAUAAACCUUCUUUCAAAUGGUUUCUAUUUUGCGACCAAUACAGAUAAUUAAUAUUAGGUCAGUGCAUCUCUAGUUAAUCAUAGAACCAAAAGACUUUUAACAACCUAAAACUCCAACCUGAACUGGGUGGCGUGCAAUAAUGUGAACAGUGUGUAUCUGCCUCUGUACAGUUUUGAUCUAUUUAAAACUGGACCGACGAAGCUGUUUGUUUAGAGUGGAGUGUUAUUGUGACUGUGAAAAUGAAUUUAAAUAAAUGAAAAAUCAUCGAGUGUUCUGUGUGAGCAGCUCCUGCCAGAGAGAACGGGUUCCUCAGCAGAGUGAAAGUAGGCUCUACUGUGCAGGUGUGCUUCUUUAUUAUGCUGUGAUUUAUGUUAAAGCUACGGUAUGUAACUUUUAUUUGAAAAAGACGAUGUUCUUUGUCGUAACAGUGAAGUAUGUGAUGUGUGAAAAAAAAAUCAAGUUCCUUUCUUAUGACUUUCAUGGCCAAAAAUGUCUCUGAAAACUGAGCCGUAAAAGACGACACAACCAGGACAAAUGCUUUCUUCUUUUUUUUACAUAUCACAUUUGUCCAGAAGAAAUAAAAUAAUUUGAAAAUUGUGCUGUUUACUUCUUUUCUCUUUGUUUGCACUGAGAACACAAGGCAUCAGCUGGUAGCACUGAAGCCUUUUUGGGGCCCUAACAGAUUUUUAAAGGGCCCACCAUACCAACAUGUCAACAGCAGAGGCUUCCAUCAUUCCAAAGCUAUUCUAUGUGUGUGACAUAGCUGCUAUCGUUAGCGUUGUUUAUAAUUAGCUUCCAUCAUUCUGGUGUUACGGCUGUUGAUUUGAAUUUUACAAGAGCAGCAUACAAAAAAAAGGAUUUUGAAAUGUGGAGUGGUAUUUAAGUGUGCUAUUUUAUUUUAACCACUUGAAAGUAAUAUGUUUGAAAGCCUCGAUUUUUUUCAUACUUCUCAUCACUUCAACUCAAACUUUGUCUCAUUUGACCAUAAACCUUUUCGGUAGAAGACAUUUUGAUUGGUAUCCAGUCAAGCUUGAGGGUGUGCUUUUUGGCCAGCACCCUUACAAUUUUGAAAUUAUGCUGUGAAAUUAUGUAAUUGUUGCACCAUUAUGGAAAUUGAAACUGAGGUUCCAGCAACUUCCAGCUGACAGCUUCGAGGUUGUUGGCUUUAUGAAGGUUCCCAUGGAAACGAAGCCCUUCACAAUGCUUGGCUGUGCAGGUAAGAGUUUGGAACUUGAUUUACUGGUUUGUACUGGACUGUGACUUACAGGGAGGAAAACCUGAUGAAAUGACAUAGUAGAUUAAACUUCAAAUCUUCUAUUUUUUAUAUCUGAACAAAGAAUAUAAUAAUAAUAAAUAAUCUAAAACUAAACUGUAAAACCACCAAAACAGUUAUUUAAAAACAAGGCUUCAAAAACCCACCUGUCUAGUUAGAGUUGCCUUUGAUUAGUAGAAAGUGAAACAUUGACCAAUGUAUUUGAUGUAUAUUUGCCUGAUAAUUUUGUUGAUGGUAUUUGACAAAAUGUAAUGUUUAUUCCUUGUUUCAUAUCACAGCAGAGAGUUAGGAUGGGAAAACAUACAUCCACUGCCCUCAGCCUUAGUACUGGCUCUCCACAGGGCUGUGUGCUGAGCCCCCUGCUCUACUGUCUGUACACAUACGACUGCACCUCUGCCCACCACAGCAACA